UAAUUCAAUUUUCAUGAUGAUAGAACAAAAAGUUUUUGAGGAAGGAGGAAAAUCAUAAGCAGAAGAUGUAAACACCACGAGAGUAAUCAGACAUAAACCCAAAUACUCAUUUCUCAUUCAAGAGAAGCCAAAAAUCCGAUUAAAAUCAUCAUCAUCAUCAACAUGAAAUUAAAUAAAAGCAACAGCAGCGAUAACAAAUCGAUUGCUUAUGAGCAUCUAGUCAUUUCAUCGUAUGUCAUAUGGCAGAGCUGUGAAUCGACAAAACUAAAACAUAAGCAACAUUUUAAUUGCAAAAAACAUAGUCAACAGACAUUAGAUGUAGUAAAAUUGUGCAAUUACAUAUUGAUUAGUUGUUUAGUGUUGUUUGGGGGUGUAAUUAAUGGCAUAAGCAGUAGCAACAGUAGUAAUGAGGCCAACAUUCUAGGAUGUGCUAGCAAUCCAUGUAUCUUUGGUGUUUGUAUUGAUGAAAUUAAUGGAACAUAUAGCUGUUAUUGCAUUGAUGGCUACACGGGGAAACAGUGUCAAACAAAUUGGGAUGAAUGUUGGAGUAUGCCAUGCCUUAAUGGUGGUACGUGUAUAGAUGGUGUCGCUGCGUACAAUUGUACAUGUCCUGAAGGAUUUAACGGUGUAAAUUGUGAGGAAAAUUUGGAUGAGUGCUUAUCGAAUCCAUGUCAAAAUGGUGGUACAUGCGAUGACAGAGAAAACGGAUAUGUUUGCUAUUGUGUUGCCGGAUAUGCGGGUGUACAUUGUGAAGUUGAUGUUGCUGUUUGCAAUACAGGAAGUGGAAAUAAAUGUCACAACGGUGGUCAAUGUGUGGAAGGACGUGGGCUCGAUUUCACAUGUGACUGUGCACCCGGAUGGAAAGGACGAUUCUGUAGCAUUGAUAUUGAUGAUUGCGAAAGCUCACCAUGUCAAAAUGGUGCAAUUUGCAUUGAUAAGGUGGCUUCAUAUGCAUGCAUAUGUUCUGUUGGAUUUACUGGACCGAAUUGUGAGGAAGACAUUCAAGUGUGUAAUGACUCUCCAUGUAAAAAUUCUGCAUUGUGUCUAAUGGAGGAGGGAUCACCGGUUUGUUACUGUGUUCCUGAUUUCCAUGGAGAAAAAUGUGAAUAUCAAUACGAUGAGUGUCAAAUAGGUCCAAGAUGCUCAAAUGGUGGUGCUUGUAUUGAUGGCGUUGAUGACUUUACAUGCUCAUGUAGGAAUGGUUUCCGAGGGAUGUUUUGUGAAUGCCUACAGCAAUCAAAUGGCGAACUUGAUUGCAAUUAUACAACAACAGAUUCUUCGAUACGAACAACGUCGAAAAUAUCUUUAACGACCGACUCAACAAUUCUCUCGAGUGUGUCAUGGGCAAGCUCGUCCUCAAAGGUGUUUACGAGUACUGAAUUAACACAACUGCCAACUGAUAUGCCUUUGUCAGUUUUAACAUCAACAAUCACACAAUCUGUGCCAACAGACGGACCAUCAUCGACAGUUGAAAUUCUAGAUUUAAGUAAAAGCACAUCUGAGGAGGUAUCAACGGAAGAACAUUCAACCGCCACUGAAAGUUCUAUAGAAUCAACUUUUGACUCACAAACCACAGCAUCGGAAAGUUCAUCAUCGGGUGUAUCGAAGAAAACCACAAUUAAAUAUCGUCCAUGUCCACCUGAUCAAACAACAUCGAAAGCAAGUACAACAAUAAAGUCAAUAAUCGACACAACAUCGGAUUCGGACUUAUCAUCGUCAUCAUCAUCAUCAACAUUUCAUUACGAUUCAACAAGUUACACACCAAGUUUUACUACUAGUACUGAUAGCAGCACGCAAUCGAGUUUUAUAACAACCGCAAUAGAUGAGCAGAGUACAUCAGGCACUUCUACAAUAAUAGAGUCGUCAUCAUUACAUUCAACUAGUGACACUGAAAGAGAAACGAGUAGUGAAAUUAAUUUGUCGAGUACUGAAACCGCAACGAUUGGAAUAAGUAGCACGGCAAGUACAACUUUAACUGAUGGAACAUCUGAAAUUUUCAAAUCGACAACCACAUCAGGAACUACACAACAAUCGUCAACAGCCGAUGAGGAUUUUACUAAGUCGUCACGUAAAGACGAGCAGACGACAACAUCGAUUGAUGAAAAAAUCACAACGGAAACAAUUUUAACUUCAUCACAGAUGACAUCCACGACGACAAUUGAUCCAACAGUUCCGACAUUUGUCUCAAGUUUCCAGCCGCCAAGCACAGCAGAUGAUAUGUUUACUUUAACGCCAUCAGACGUUGCAAACAUGACAGAUUGUCGUAAUUUGAAAUGCUAUAAUGGUGGAUCUUGUGUAGUCACGACUGAAGGUGCAAAAUGUGUUUGUCGUUUUGAUCGAACGGAUCCGCAUUGCAGAACACUUAUAAAAAUACGGAAUGCAGCAUUUGCUGGUGACUCGUACUUAAGUCAUCUUAUUUAUUCUGAUAAUCAUCCGGAUUUCGACAUAAAGCCAUUGGAAAAUGUUUUACCGAUUAAUGUUGAAUUAAAGGCGAGAACUCGUGCAACAGAUGGAUUAAUAUUUGUUGCUUUAGCUCAAGGGCCAAAAGGAGGCCACUAUACUGCACUUUUUCUCCAUAAAGGAUUAUUGCAGUUUCAAUUUUCAUGCGGCUUACAAACAAUGUUACUGUCCGAGCUCGAGGCACCUAUAAAUAAUGGAAAUGAGUUUACAAUACAAGUAGCACUUGACUUUAGUAGAAAUCAUUCACAUUGCAAUGCAUCAUUGAGAAUUAAUGAUACAUUGGCAAUGAGUGGCGAUCAACCAACGUGGUUGGGAGCAAAAAAUUUGGGAAAGAGUGGAAAAACGAUUUCGAGUGUUUGGCUUCAUCUCGGUGGAAGUCCACAAACUCCAGUUGUAUUGAUGAGUGGAUUACCAAAUGGACAGGGAUUUUCUGGAUGUUUACACACAUUGAGGAUUAAUGAAGAACAAAAGGAAAUUUUCAGAGACUCAUAUGACGGCUUUGGUAUAUCAGAAUGCGGCUCUCUUGCUUGUCUCGCAAAUCCCUGUAAAAAUGGUGGAACAUGUGAAGAAAGAUUCUUAGAGCCAUACGAAAAUGAAAAUGAACUACACAAUACAUUCUAUCGUUCAACUGACAUGAUUGAGAAUCGAUGGCAAUGCAAGUGCCCAACUGGUUACCUGGGAGCUAACUGUGAAAAAACAAUUUGUGAUAAUAAUCCAUGUCAGUAUGGUGGAACGUGUGUUGAAUUUCCAGCAUCUGGAUAUUUAUGUUUAUGUCCAAUUGGAAAACAUGGACAUUAUUGUGAACACAGUCUCGACAUCGAUCAACCAUCAUUCUCAGGAUCAGUCAAUGGAUUAUCAUCAUACAUCUCGUACCCAGUCCCAAUUCCUUUAGAAUCAACACUUGAUUUAAGCUUCAAAAUCGCCCCAGCUACAGCCUCACAAAUUUCUCUCCUUGCAUUCGUCGGUCAAAAUGGACAUCAUGAUGAAAAGAGUGAUCAUAUAGCUGUGAGUUUCAUUCAAGGAUACAUCAUGCUCACAUGGAAUUUAGGAGCUGGAUCAAGAAGAAUUUUUACUCAGAAGCCUUUAGUCUUUCAAGAUCCUGAAGAUGAAAUAAUUUCAUAUCACGUACAAGUUAUAAGACAAGGAAGAAAGGCUUCACUUUACAUUGACGGUAAGCUGAAUGUGACAGGAAAUUCCCCCGGUGAAGUAUCAAGGUUGGAUGUUGUGCCAACAUUAUAUAUUGGGGGACAUUCAGCAAUAAACUUUUCAUCAUUGCCUCAUGAUUUGCCACUUCACUCAGGCUUUCAAGGCUGUAUAUAUGAUCUGCAAUUAAAAAGUGGAAGUUUAGUUGUUCCAUUGCAUGAUACAAAAGGAAUAACAGGCAGAAGCGUUGGCCAAUGUGGAACAAGGGAAUGUCAUCGACACUCAUGUCACAAUAGCGGAGCUUGUUUACAGCAUGGAGCUACUUAUACAUGCAUAUGUCCUGAGGGAUGGUUUGGUACUUUAUGUUCACAGCGAUUGAAUCCUUGUGAUGCUGCAAACAGUAAAUGUGCCGAAGGCUCAACAUGUGUUCCACUUAUCAAUGGCUAUGAAUGUGAUUGCCCAAUUGGAAAGAUGGGAAAAUACUGCGAAAUCGCAAUCAAGUACUUGAGUGAUGUCUCAUUGAAUGGAAAGCGGUCGUACUUUGCACUCAGCUGGCAUAAUCAUUCUCUUGGCUAUUUGUUGCCCAGAGAACGUUACAGACAGAAUAUGAGAAUUAAUCACGAAGUUGACGUUUUUAACUAUGAUUCUUCUUCAAAGCUAAUGGCACGAAACAUAAUGGAGCAUCAACGAAAGGCACAGUUGUUAUCUGUUGAAUUUCAACUUCGUCCACUCAGUGAGAGUGGAUUAUUGCUAUUCUUGGGCGAUCUCGAAGACAACGAAGAUGGUUUUAUAAGCCUUUCAUUGAACGGUGGAGUCAUUGAAUUCAGAAUAGCUGGAGUGCAAGGUCAACAGUUAUCCAUUGUUCGAAGCAAUAGAAUUUUGGCCAUUGGAGAAUGGCAUAAAAUUCGAUUAUCACAAAAUGGUCGUCGUCUAAGUUUGUGGGUUGAGGGAAGCAGUACGUCAAAUGAACUAAAGCCAAAUUCAAUAUUUUAUCACAGUUCCAAUUCAUUGAUUUACAUUGGUGGCCUGCCCGAUCUCUCAAAAUUGCCAUUCAAUUCCAUAUCAGGAUUUCCAAUUCCAUUCAAAGGAUGCGUUCGACAAUUUCACAUGAACGGGCAUCGUUAUGUGCUCAAUGAACAAACAAUUGUUGAUUCGAGAAAUAUUGUUGAUUGCGAUGGAACAGCGUGUGGUGGUGAUGCAUGUGAUCAAGGCGGUCACUGUUACCUCGAUGAUAAGCACAAUCCACAUUGUAAAUGUCCGGAAACGGCGAAAGGACUUCAUUGUGAAAUUCCCGAAUCAUGUCACGUAAUCAAAUGUAAAAAUGAUGGAAAAUGCAUGCCAAAUGGUGAAUGUAGUUGCCCGAAUGGAUGGACUGGAUAUUUUUGUGAAAUUGCUACAAACCGAAACUCCUUGCCAAGUUUUAACGGAAAGAGCUAUAUGGUUAUUCCUAGUCAACGUUAUACACAUAAAGAUAAGCGCAAUGGAGCAUCUUCAUCGUCACGUCUCACAUCAAACAAAUUCCUACAAAUUUCUUUAAAUUUCUCAACAAUUAAUGUCGAUGGAAUGUUGCUGUGGAAUGACAAUAACAAUAAUAAGUAUCUCGGCAUUGGACUUGAAAAUGGUUUUCUUAAGGUCAUUAGCAAUUUAAUGAGCUUCAAGGACGACAAAAUUGAUGUGCCUAUGGGUGGAUAUCUAACAGACGGUGCAUGGCACAAUGUAAAAUUAGAUAUUGAUGAUUUGGGUCAAGUCUCCAUUGUUGUUGAUAGAAAAGUUGUAUAUAAUGAUGUACGAAAUGUUGACGAUGUUGUCAAUAAUUUAGAUCUUCUUGGUGAAUCUUUCUAUUUAGGCGGGUUUCCCAAUAGCACAUCAAUCUCAAAUCGCACAAAUAAUCACUUCCAUAAACCAUUUUUGGGAUGUCUCCAAGGCAUUCAAAUUUCAAAUGCAAACAGUCGAGUAACGACGGAGCCACAACAGCAAAAACUCCAGAGAAUUUCCACAAAAUCGACAGUUCAAACGACAACAGCGAACGAGUAUCAAGAUUUUUCACAUUUCAAAGGAGAAAACAUCGGUGAAUGUGAAUUUUUUGAUGAAUUUGUAAAUAAAUACGAUAAUAAUAAUGAUGUGUAAGAAAUAUGUGUGGAAAUUCCGUAAUGAUUAAAUUUGUAAAUGACAUACUUUUUUUUAAAAAAAAAAUCAAAUAAAAUUCGGGGACACAAGAUGAAAUAAGAAAUUAUAAAUUGAGGUACACAAAUUUAUAAGUUGUUAGGAGUAAAUAAAGAGCUAGUAAAUGUAAUGUGUCAUUAAUGUUACCAGUGUGUGCUUGUGUGUUUGAGGAGUAGAUAGUUUGAAAUUAUUAAAAUAAAUAUUGUAGUUCCUUAAUUUUUUCAAAAACUAAUCAAAUUUAAAUUUUAAAAAAUUUA